GCAAUCGACGCUAAACGAUAAAAAAAGGGAAUAGUCUUUAAGCCUUUAGAGCAAAAGUGAGAAAAAUGAAUUCUGUUCUCGAUUCUUCCGAGGAGAAAACAAAUGGCACAAAACUUUUACGACUGGUAAUCGAUGGAGGCACAACCGUCCUGAGAGAGUAUUUAAUGAAAUCCACCUGUCCAACACUGCAAGACGUGCUCCUCAAACACAAGGGAAGGCUUGCUUACCUGAAGUCACUUAAAAAGAACAUACUUACCGAUGAUCAGUGGAAGAAGUUAUUUCCUUCUAGCGGUGUUCCACCAAACCCUCUAACAUUUGACAUAAGUCUUUUGCAUCUCUUACUACGGGAAGUUUGUGGUUUGACUGCACCAGCUAAAGGAUGGCACGAAAUGCCUCCAGAUACUGAACUCAGCAAAGAAGCUCACAUCGUCCGGAUUAAGUUCCUUCGAAAUGAGCUGUGUCAUGGAAUAUCCACCAGUAUUCCAAAUGACAAAUUCCAAGAGAAAUUGCAGACGAUUUCCCAAUCAUUGGUGGCGUUGGGACUUGAUCAGAAGGAAGUAGAUCGCCUUGCAACUGAACCUAUUGAUCACGACACUGAACGUCGAGUAAGCGAGGAAGUAGAGAAGUGGAAAAUGGAAUUUGAACCACGGUUAAACAAGCUAGAGAAUGACAUUUCUGCUAUUCAAGCUUCUAUUUCAGGGCAAGCCACAAGUAGCCUCUCAAACUGUCUUCCGGAUAAAAAUAAUGUCGUUGGCCGGUCCGAAGAGUUAGAAAAAAUCAUCGUUGCAAUUCGAACUGAACGUGCAGCUGCAGUUCUUGUUACUGGGGGACCUGGCUUUGGUAAAACAGCAGUAGCAAUUGAAGUGGGCCACGAAUUGGCAUCCAACGAGAAUGAAGAGAGGACAGUUUUGUUUUGUUCACUCAGAUCUAAAGCAGCCAUUGCUGAAGUAGCUACCUCGAUGAUCCUUCCGUGCAGUACAAACCUCUCUCAACCACCAGAACAUCCCCAACAUUGGCUCCGAAAUUGGAGCAAACAACAGCAGAAGAAAGUUUCUUUCAUUCUGGACAACGCAGAUGAUGUUCUCGAAUCAGAUGAUCGAGCUGCAUUUGUAUCCAUUUUAAAGGACAUGAGAACUCUUUCAAACGGUAAGAUCUCAUUUGUUAUCACUUCUCGAAGAGUAUUUCAAUUAGACCUCAACUUGCGUAUGGAAUGUGUGAGAUUGAGAACACUAUCCCGUGAGCACGCACAGGAACUCCUCAUGUCCAAAGUCCUUGAUCCAGAUGUGAAACAAGGGCUCUCCAAGACAGAUAAAUUGGUUCAACUUUGCGGUCGUGUACCCUUAGCCUUAUGCAUCAUAAGUUCGUUGCUUUCAGACUAUUCUGAAGAUCAGCUCAUUGAACGCCUUGAGGAAAAGCCAUUGGAUGUUCUCAAAGAGGAUGAAAGUGAUGAAAAUUCUGUUGAAAAAGCAAUUCACACUUCUUUCAACUUUUUGAAUGAAGAUAAACAAAAGGCUCUGGUGAUUCUGUCAGUUUUUCCAGGCUCAUUCAGUAAUGUUGCUGCCCAAGCUGUUAUUAAGGCAGUUGGUUGUCAAGAUGAUCCUGGAAUAAUUCUCCGUUCCUUGAAAGACAGGUCACUUAUUGAGAAACCUGCCCAAUACAGAUAUCAAAUCCAUCCACUCAUUCAAACAUUUGCAAAGAGGAUUGAUGAAGCCAACCAUUCUUCAAUCAUACAGCCGCAGGGGCAAAAAGCGGCCUGCAUCUACUUUAUUUCCCAUCUAGUGAAAAUUGCUACUUGCUACUGGAGCAAGGACAAGUGCAAAGAGGCAAUUGACUCUUUUAAUGAGGACAGGCACAACUUUGAGUAUUUCUUCCCGUUCUUCAUAAAAGGACUAAAAGAACAAGAUCCUCAACUGAAGAAAUCUAUGGAGGAGUUAGUGGAGAAGAUUUCUCAGACAUGCACAUUUUUAGAAAUGUGUAUUCUACCAGAUGAAUAUUUGAAUCACCUUGAAGAGCUAAAUCAGCUUUUAAUGUCUUACCAACAACCUGUUACUAAAAGAGUGGAACUCCUCUGCCUCCUUGUGCUUGAAUAUAGGAAAAUUGGUAAUCAAGAUAAUUACAAGAAGUUGAUUGAAGAGGCUGCAGACCUAUUCUCAAAACACUCUGAAGAAUUUGACAAUGAGAAGGUGUCAGAAGUUUUUUUUCGCAAUCUUUAUGCACGGUUCCAAUCUGAAAUGAAAAACUAUGCCGAAGCUGAAAAACAAUUCAUUGAAAGUUUGAAGGUGUGCGAACAUCUAAAACUGAUGGAUUUUGUACAGAAAGGUAUAAGUUUGCUUUAUGCUGGACAAAGUUACAACCAACAAAAUAAACGUGAUGAGGCAGAGGCAAAAUUCGAGGCAUCAUUAAAGCUUUUUCAGGAAAAUCUUGGCAAUCACGUCAUGACUGCUCUACUACUGAGGAAAAUUGCAGAUUUUCACCUCUUCCAUGGUGAGAAGAGUCUAGGAUCAGCUGCUGACCAAUGCAAAUCAAUCAAACUUUAUGAACAAGCUCUGGAAAUGAUGAAAAGUGUUGGUAUUAAAGAGCAGAAAGAAUGCAUUCUGCUACUCGCCAACUUAGGAGUGUGCUAUCAAUUACAAGGUGAUAUGGAAGGUGCAAAAAAAUCAUUUCAAGCAUCUUUAAGAAUUGCUGAACAAGAACUAACUGAGAAUCAUAGGUUUAAGAUCUAUGCAAUGACUCAAAUGGCCUUUUGGUUUAAAAAAAAUGGAAACCCAGAGGAAGCAGAAGAGUGGAAACAAAAGGCAUUGACAAUGAGCAACACACUUCAACUGCCAGUCCACCAACCACCCAACAAAUUUUUGCUGGACAAAAUUUGAAACUUUAAGAGGUCACAGGCUAGCCAAUACCAAGUGCUCAUUUGGUGGGCAUAAGUGAAAGAAAAAUACAAGUGGGUACCAGGAUUGAGAGAGCCAACAAGUCCUCCUCCAAUUUUUAAUUAACCAAAUUGUUCCUGCAAACCAAGAGCCAGAAGCCAUAAAAGUUAAAAUUGUCUUGUCUAAGGAAACCAAAAAAAGGUUUGCACCUUAAUCCAUUAAUUUUAAUUCUUUGCCAUGGAAAUGGUACCAAUUGGUUCCAAUUUAACUCAAACAUUAUGGAGGUGGCUCUGAAAAUUCACUACUGAUAUCUUUUGAAACUUUGCAGAAAGAAGAUUCACAAUUAUGCUGAUCACAAUGAAAUUGAGUUAUCUAAGAAAAACUUAACUUGUGUUUGCCUACAGGCCCUCAGGUUUUCCUCUUUCCACAAAAACCAACAUUCCAAAUUUCAAUUUGAAUGGGAAACAGUGGACAAGAAGAGCCACCUACAAG